AUGUCUGAGAGUGAAAAUUUCAAAUUAAGAAGAGAAAUCAUACAGCUUAAAAAACAGAUUGAAUAAUUGAGAGAGGAUGGUCGCUAGAAAGAUUAAAGGAUUGCCUUUUUGGAAGCAGAAUAAGAAUUUCAUUAAGGAAGAUAUGAAGAAUAGAAAGCAAAAUAUAAUGAUUGUUAUACUAGAAUGAGAGAAUUAGAAAAGAUGGUUAAUAGAGAUGAUGCAUAUACAAAAGAGACCUUAAAGAGUUAAUUAGAUAAAGCAAAAGAUGAUUUAGAGAGAGAGAAGGCUGCUGUUUAAUAAUAUAUUGAUUAAUUAGAGAAAGUGAAACUUGAAAAUGGUAAUCUGAUGUGGUAAUUAACAUAAUUGUCAUUGAAAUACAAGGAUGAAAAUAUAGUAAAGGAUGAAUUCCAUUACAGAGAUGAAGUUUAAGAUAAUAGAGAGAAACUUAAGAAUUUAGUGGAAAAAACAAAUGCAUUGAAUUAGGCAAUUGAAAGAUUAAGUGCUGAAAAUAGAGUAUUAAGGAAGAUGGCAGGAGUUCCAGAUGAUUAUUAAUUUGAAUUGGAUGAUGUGAUUUAAGAGGGACAAUUAUAAGUAGAAAAGUACAGAGCUCAAGUGAUUGAAUUAGAGAGAGAAGUGGAAGAAUUAGAAGAAGAGAGAGCAAGAUUAAGAAGAAAAUUGAGAGAAUAAGUUGCUGGAGGAGAAGUCAAUUUGGAGGAAUUUGAUUCUUAAUCUAAUAAUCAAUUGAGAAAGGAAAAUUAAGAAUUGAGAAGUAAAGUAAAGAUGUUAGAAGAAGAAAAUGCACAUAUUCGUUAAAAUUAAUAAGAUUAUGGAGGUAUGGGAAUGGGCACUUAAUAAGGAAUUAUGAAAGUUACAAAUGAUUAAAUGUAAGAAAUGAUGUAGAAAUAAUAACAGGAAUUGAAAGAAUAACUUUAAGAGAUAGUAAAAACUAUGAAAGGAUAAAACUUUUAAGAGACUACAUAAGUCAAAUAAUCAAUUAUAUAAUAAAAAUAAGUUGUUGAUACAACAGGAUUGGAUAAAUUAAGUGUUCCUCCUAAUCCAAUUCCAGGAGCAUUCGGAAAUUAUAAUGAUAUUAAGGAAGGUUAUAGUUAACGCUUUAAUGUUAGAUUUCCAGUUGAUAUGUCCUCAGCAUAUGGGGAUUCUGGCAUGGAUCAGAUGUAAUUGAAAUACGAAUUAGCAUCAUUACAAUUAUAGAAUAUAGAGACUUUAAGAUUAUUAUAAUAGAAGGAAGCUGAGUAUACAAAUUUAUUAUAAGAAGUUACUACUAUAAAAGAGGAUGUAAAGGGAAAGUGUUUGUUGGUAUAAGAUUAAUUAUUUGUAAAAUAUAUUGAAGAAAGAGACAAAUUUAAAGUAAUGUAUGGAGAGAUUCAAGAGAAAUAUAAGGCUUAAUUGGAUUUGAAUGUGGAAGCCAAGAUUAAAUUAGCUCAUUAUGAAGAUUUUAUGAGAGAUAGAGAGAAGCCAAAGAAAGAAUUGGAAGAUAAAUUAGGAGAGAUGUCUAAGAGAACUGCAAUUUUAGAUGUCAAUUUGAUUAAAUUAUCAAGAAAAUAUGAUGCAUUAACUGAAGAAUAUAAAUAAAUGAAGACAAGUUAUACAAUAGUAGAAAGUGAGAGUAUAGCAAAAGAAAAGGAAUUGUUAGAAAAAAUAUAUAAUUUGAUUACAUGGAAAAAAUCAGCAGAAGAACAUAUGAAAAUUAUGAUCAAAGAAUUAAAGAAUUCAGUACCAGCAGAUGAAUUCAACAAUUUAAGAUAAAAAUUAGAAUACACUUAGGAUAAAUUGGCUAAUGCUUAAUUGAAAGAGGCAGAGUUUUAAAAGAGAAUUGCAGUUCUUGAGAGUCAUGAAAGAGAAGCAUUUGAAAGAGGAGAGAGAGUAAGAUAAUUAGAAGAAGAAUUAGUUGAAAUUUAAUUGGAAGAGGAAGUUAUUAAAAAAAGAUUAUAGAGUUUUGAUCCUGCUUUUGAUAAAUACGUCAAGAUAUAUCAACAUAUUGUUGAAUUUAUUAAAAUUAAAAAUAUUUCAGUUAUUGAAAUAUUUAAAUUAUUUGAUGAGAAUGGAGACAAUAAAAUUUCAAGAAAUGAAUUCACUACUGCUAUUGGUAAUAUUGGAGUUCCUGUCACUAAUGAAGAUAUGGAAAUUGUAUUCAUGUUUGUAGAUUUAGAUGGAACUGGCUAAAUUGAAUAUUAAGAAUUUAUAAGAAAACUUAAAAGAUCAGGAAUAAAUCUUAGAAAACCAGAAGAUUAAUUAUUAUAUUAAUUAUAUAAUGCAAUAAAGGAAUCAGGUUAUGAUUUACGAUCUGCCUUUCAAGCAUUUGAUACUAAUUGUGAUAAUAUUAUAUCUAAAACAGAUAUGAAAGAAGCCUUAACUGAGAUGAAUAUUAAACAUGAUUAAAAGGCAAUAGAUUAUAUAUUUAGAAUGGCAGAUACUAGUGGAGAUAAUCAAAUUAAUUAUGAAGAAUUUUAUGUAUUGUUUGAUGAGAUUGUAAAAAGUGAAUUAAUCAAUUAAGGAAAAUCAAUUUAAUUAACUUUAGAUAUUAAGUAUUAAAUAAUGUGUAAGUUGGAUCAAUCAAUUAAAGAUUAAAGAUUAACAUUAUUAGAUGUAUUUAACAUGAUAGAUAGAGAUGGAGAUUAAAUAAUUACAUUAAUGGAAUUUUAAGCUUUAUUCAGAGAGUUAGAAGGAGGUAUCUCACCUGAUUUGAUUAGAUAACUAUUUGAUUAAAUGGAUUUAGAUCGAAAUGGGUAAAUUAGCUAUAAUGAAAUGUUAAAUUAUUUAAGAACUGCUAAAACAGAGGAGGAAAAAUAUCAAAAAUUAUAAUUUAUUUAAUAAAGAACAGAACAAUUGAAAAGUUUAUAGGAAACAGAUCUUACACUUUAAAAAGCAAAAUUAGAAAAUAAAGGAUAAACUUUAGAAGAUAGAUUAAAAAUGAAAAUAAGUAUUUUGGAAAUGAGAGAAAGAAAUGCCUAAUAAAAAUGUGAAGUUCUACUUAACCAAUUAACUGGUACUGAAUUAAAACUAAAGGAUACAACUAAGACAUUAUUUGAACUUUAAAAUUAAAUGGAAAGAUCUAAUGAUACUUUUUAUAAAGAUAGGGAAGAAAAACUUAUGUUGUUAGAAAGAUUAAAGGGAGCUUUAUCCAGAGAUGAAAGUGAAAAAUUGACUAAAUAAAUUGAACAAUAAAGAUUAACCAUUUCUGAUUAAAAUAGUGCAAUCACAACUUAUAGACAAUUAUAUGAUACAGCCGUCAUGUAAACCAAGAGUAUGAAAUUAACUAUUGAAAAAAUAAAAAAUGAUUCUGACACAAUGUAAUAAACAAUAAAAGAAUUAUAAGCAAUAUCAGAUUAAAAUAUGAUGAUUGGCAAAUUAUAUCAUCAUCUUAUGAUUGCUAGAUGGCAUGAAGCAUAAACUAAUUAGAAAUAUGAAAAAGUAUUGGAUGAAUUAAGAAAAUUGAAAUUAUAAUCUGAAUCAUAUGAUACUACAAUUCUUAAACAAUCACAAGAAAUUAUUUAAUAAAAUACUAUAUUUACAGAACAAAUUAGAUCAUAUGAAUAGUAAAUCACUGAACUAAAAUUAAAAAUAUUACCAACUGUCACUUUAUAAAGAGUUGAAGAAUAAGCAAAAAGAGUCAAAGAAUUAUCAGAUAUGAAAUCAGAAGUUGAAAGAUAAAAUAGAGAAUUAAGAGAUAGAUUCUAUGAAUUAUAACUUAAAGCAGAUUAUUUUGAUAAUUACAAAGAGAAAUUAGAUAAUUUAGAGAGAUCCUUAAGAUAAAAUAAUCCUGAUGAACUCAGUUAAUAAAUUAUAGCAGUUAGUUAAAAAUUAUCAGAUGAAAAAAUAGAAUUACUUAGAGUUAGAAGGGAAAUGUAAGUGAGUGCUGAAAAACAAGAAUAUUAUCAAAGAUUGAAUAAACAAUAUACCGAUACAAUUAAGAAGUUAGAAUAUGAAUUAGCACAUGCUGAUUUGGAUUUGAGAAAAAGGGAAGAAGAUUGGAGAAAAAGAUUUUAUGAAUAAAGAAAAACUAUUUUUGCUUAAUUAGGACUAAUUGAAAAAGAUGAUAUGAAAGAAUUUUCUUAAAAAAAUACAGAUGCUAGUAAAAUGUUGAUUGAUGUAAUUUAGAAAAAAUAGAAGGAAUAAAUGUAAUAAUAAAAUGAGCCAACUGAAUAAUAGUAAAUAGAAAACACUUAAUUAUAGAAAAGAAUAUAAGAAUUAGAAGCUUAAGUUAAAGCAAAAAAUAUAGAGAUUGAAGGAUAUAUAGAAAGAUAAAAGAUUGUUGCAGGAGGUUCUGUAGUAUUUCAAUAAUAAUAAUUGGAAGAUUAUACAAAGACACUAUUAGCUUAAGAGGCUGAAAAAGUUUCUGUUGCUGGUUAAUAAAUGCUUAAGGCUAUGUAAGAAAUAAUAAAGGAUAAAGAUAGAGAAUUGGAAAGAAAAGAAUAAUAGAUAGAAGCUAUGAGAUAAGAGACUUUAUUGCAUAAGAAAAAAGAUAUUUCAGAAAUCUAAAGAUUAACUGAUUUAUUACAUAAAAGAGAUUAAGCAUAAUAAGAAGCAAGCAAAAUGGGUAAUACUAAUAAUUACAAUAAUUUCUCAUAUUUGUAAUAAAAUUAGAUGUCUGAAUUAUAACCAGUAUUAAUAGAAAAAUAUUAACAAUAAUUAUCAGAAAAGGAUAGGAAAAUUAAAGAUUUAGAAUUAUCAUUUGAAGCAGAGAAAAAUGCUUUAAAGAAAGUAAAAGAAGAAUUAAUCAAAACAAUUGCAAUUAAAGAAUAAUUAGAAAUAAGUUUAGAGAAUGAAAAGAAAUUGAAUGAAAGUAUGUAAUAUGUAUAGAAGAUUGAGAAAUUAUAAAAUUUAGUGAAUGAAAAAAAUACAUAAUUAGCUUCGUUAAAGAAAACUGUAGUUGCAUUAAAAGAUGAAUAAUUUAAAAUAGCUGGAGAAUCUAUGAAUAAGGAAUAAGUUUAUAAAACUAAAGAAGCUAAAUUAAAUAAUAAUACUACAGAACUUGAAACUAGAUUAACAAAAAUGGUUAAUGAUAUGAAAUUAUUGAAAGAGGAAAUUAAAGAUAAAUAGAAAAAAUUAGAAUAACUUUAAGAAAAGGAAAUUUAAAAUAGAGCAUAAAUGACAGAUUUAUAAAAGAAAAACUCAGAACUUAAAGCAAUCAUUUAAGCAGGAGGUGGUAAAUUAGAAGAGUAAGAUCAAACUGUAUCUAAUAUUUAAGCUAAACUAUAAUAGUUUAAUUAAAUGUCAAUGGAGAAAGUAUAAUUAGAAAGAGAAAUUCAAUUUUUAAAAUAAUAAGGAGGAACAAGAGAAUUAUUUGAUAAAGAUGCUACUUUAAAACCAUCUACAGGUUUAUAUUUUAAAACAUUCCCAGAAUUGUUGGAUACUCUUAAAUAAUAUUUAAUGACAAAACCAAAAUUUGAUUUACUUUUUGAAUUUAAAAAAUUAGAUAAAUAAUCUUUAUAUGAAUUGCCAAUGGCAAAAUUCUUUGAAGUUUUAUCUAAUGCUGGAGUAAAAUUGAAAACAAGGUAUUGUAUAGCUUGAUAUUUUAGAGAUUAAAAAUUAGUAAUUGACACAAUUAAAACAAAAGAGGAAAAUGCAGAUUAUUAUUUUAAAUUUUACUAUGUUUAUAAGGGCUGGUCUGAUAAUGUUGUUUAAACUGAUUAAGAUGACAAAUCUUAAUAAUAAUAAUAAUAAUAACAACAAAUUUAACAACAACAGUCUUAAAAAUUUAGUUUAAAAAAUAAAAAAUGA